GUCAAACAAGAAAUUUUGUUCACAAUGAGAGAAGAAAACCAAUCCGAGAGCAGAGUGAAAUCAUCAAAAUUUUCUGACCAAAAUCAGAUGCCAAAGGUUGCCAAUGCUAAAGGAAAUAGCAAUCUUUCAAGAGUAAGGUCUUCAUGGGGGUCUCACAUUGUGAAAGGGUUUUCAGCAGAUAAGAAAACAAAGUUGCAGACCACAGUACCAAGCAAGAAACUCCCACUUACAAGCUCAGACAUCGUGAACCAGAAGAACCCAUUUGGGCUCUCACAUUCUAGGGUGAAACGGUCCCUUAUCGGAGACUUAUCAUGUUCAGUUACUGCUGCACAAGUGCAUCCCCAUACACUUAACAUUCAUAGGUCGAAAUCUUCGGGUUCACGUGAUUUAUUUCUUGAACUAGAUCAUCUGAGAGGCUUAUUACAAGAAUCAAAAGAAAGGGAAUUCAAAUUCCAGGCUGAAUUGUCUGAAUGUAAAAGGAAUCCGAAAGUUUUGGAGCUUGAGAAGGAACUUGUAUUGAAGAAGAGUGAAAUAGAGAAUCUUGUGACUAAAGUGAGUUUGUUAGAGUUAGAGAAGACUACCCUCUCUGAACAAUUGGUAUCCUUGUCCCCUUCUUUAGAGAGGCAGGAUGACAUAUUGAAAAGGGAAGACCAUGAAAAUUUGAUGGUACCAACUUCCCANACUACCCUCUCUGAACAAUUGGUAUCCUUGUCCCCUUCUUUAGAGAGACAGGAUGACAUAUUGAAAAGGGAAGACCAUGAAAAUUUGAUGGUACCAACUUCCCAUAAUCUAGAAAUGGAGGUUGUUGAAUUGAGGCGCCUCAACAAGGAGCUGCAGCUUCAAAAGAGGAAUCUUGUUUGCAAGCUUUCUUCCAUGGAGUCCCAAUUGGCCACUCUUGCAAAAGUUUCUGAGAGCGAUGUGGUUGAGAAAAUUAAAGCAGAGGCAUCUCUAUUAAGACACACAAAUGAAGAUCUGUGUAAACAAGUUGAGGGGCUACAAAUGAAUCGGUUAAAUGAAGUUGAGGAGCUUGUCUACCUGCGAUGGGUCAAUUCAUGUUUGAGAAAUGAAUUGCGCAAUUUCUCUAACUUGAGUUCCGAUAAGACAUGUAGCCCAAAUUCAGUAGAAAGGAGCAGAGGAUCCAUUAGCAUGUUGCCUUGUCAAAGUGAUGCAAACUCUGACUUUAUAGGUACAAAGAAAAUUAGUCUUAUAACGAAGUUGAAGAAAUGGCCUAUUAUUGAGGAAGAUUUGCAGAAUGUAGAAUCCCCAGAUCAUUUCUUAGAUCAUAGUUGGGUUGACUCACAUAGUCCCAGAAGGCACUCUAUCAGUGGAUCAAAAUUCUGUGCUGAGGAGUUGACACUGAAUAAGAGAAGGCAAUCUGAUGGUUUCUUAUGUUCAAAGGAAGUUGAAAAGGAGGCAGAGGCGGCAGAGCCAUUAAUUUCUCAAAAGUAUGGAUUAGGUACGGUUCAAAGGCCCCAGUUUUAUACCAACCUCCAGGACACUAGUGAAGUGACAGCUUCUUUGGAUGUUGAGAAGCGGGCCUUGCAUAUUCCAAAGCCACCUCCGAGGCCUUCAUGUACUGUUACCAGUGGACAAAAGGAAGAAGGUGCAGUUCAAGCACCUCAAUCACAUCCCCCUCCCCU